CAGACAGACUUUUUUCAGUCACAACUGAAAUCUGAAAAAUAGGAACAUGGCAUACCAGCAACCAGCAGUACCAUCAUGUCCGGCACAAGCAAGCUAUUGUGUGCCAUACAAAACCAUGAUCAGUGGAGGAUUGCAGCCUGGUAAAUGUAUUUCAAUUGAAGGUGUAAUUAAUCCUCAAGCUUGCAGGUUCGUCAUUAACCUGCGUCACAGAAGUGGGAUUGCCUUUCAUUACAAUCCUCGUUUUGAUGAGAACUGGGUUGUGCGCAAUACCUUAACAUUGGAGAAGUGGGGUCCAGAAGAGUGCUCUGGCGGCAUGCCAUUUUACAAGGGACAAACCUUCCAGAUCAUCAUCUCCUGCAAUCCCUAUCAUUACAAUGUGUUUGCCAAUGGGAUGCAAGUGCAUACUUACAACCACCGCUUCACCAACUUGGGAGAGAUUGAUAUUUUGGAAGUGACUGGUGACCUUUACUUGACUGCUGUACAUGUUUAGCAAAAUCUUUACCAAAGAUGAUCUUACCCUUUUUAUAUAAACCAAUCAGUCAGUAAAGUCUGUGGAUUGCUAUGGAAAUUGUAUGGUUUGUAUUAGUUAUAUGAUCAUAAAGAAUGAAAUGUAAUCUUUCAAAAUUAACCAGGUUUUACUGUUAUUUUUUUUAUUACAACUUUUGGACCAGAACACUUUGAACCAUGACACCUAGUUAAUUGAUUUUUUUUUCUUUGAUUGAUUUUCUUUCUCUGAUGCUAUAUAUCUGAAGUAAUUCUAGUUUGUUCUAUUGUGUCAUUCCUAGUGAUGAUUGUCAAUUUAUUUUCCCAAUUAACAGUAAUGGCAACAAUUAUUACAUGAACCCCUCACUUAUAACUUGAUCAAAAAUAACAGGAAAAUCUCAAAAGAUGAAAACAAAAGUAAAUUAUAUUUUAAAUUAGAAACACAGGCACAAAUUUCAACAAUGUAAUGCAGCUUGAAUACAUCAAUAUAUUCAUGAAUAAAAUGUAAAUUCCCUGCA